UAGAGUUUAUUGGAUCCACAUCAAAGCCGAGGAGCUGCAGGGGGAAGACGGCCGAUUUGUUGCCAACGUACCCCUGAAACAAAAUCCAUGCAGACUAUUUGGGCUAACAAAAUCCCCGAACGAAACACAAGCUCGUCACCGCCCGUCACACGAAAGGCAACGCAGUCAACUCAUAACCAACCACUGAUCCCUCGCGCGAACGAUUGUGCCGCCGCUUACUUGGCGACAGUCAUGCCGAUGACGUGCACAGACGGUUGUGGCGGUGCUUAGUAGAUGACAGUCACGCCGAUGUCGUGAGAUCGCACAGUCCAUCAACACAUCAUGGGAAGACCCCAACCUAAACAAACCUACAUGCAGAAAUUCGUACCCAGACUCCAUAGAAACACUGCUUUGGUGCCAAAUCCAAAACACAACUGAUAUGUGCACCAUGAGAAUCGCAGUUCCUCAAGGCCACAUCCAUAUCAAUGCGCAGAGUCCGGGCUGGUGGGUUCCUCUACCAUCGAGGGGACGCAAAGCAGUAAGCCAGCAAACAGAUGGAUGGGAUGGGGGAGGGGCGCAGGUAGCCAGACGGUGUGGGACUGGAUGCUGAGAACGCGGCCGGUGUCGGACGGCAGCGCGACGGACAGGAUCGGCGGCCGCGCCAUCUUCGGGUACGCCGCCGCCGCCCUCGUCCGGCCCCUCCGCGUCAGCAGCAGCGACCACCACCCAAACGCCUCCCUGUCGGCAGGUGAGGUCAGGCCUGCUGCGCGGCUGCGCCAGCAGCGGGGCACGGCGGCCCUCCCACGAGGCGCGCGCGGCGGCAGUCAUGCGACGCAACGCACGGAGCGGCGGGCGGUGGAACCGUACGGUCGGGACGGACCGCUUGGCGGGAUCUGUGCCGUGCGUUACAGAAGGGACGGAUCCGAUCCUCACCGUGCUCGUGGGGGCGCCAUGGCGGCGGGCUCGACGGGAUGGCCUUGGAGAUUUUAGGCUCGCCAGACAGAUCCGGGGCUCCCUGAAAGGCCUUAGCCCACGUAGAGGGUGAUGGGCUCGUCGUCGUCACCCAGAUGUUGAGCGGAAUGGGAGGGAUGGCGCCGGAGCGCUAGCACGCGUUGGGCUCGCAUGGCAGUGUCACGCACGCAUCGCAUGCUGCUGUCCUCGGCCCGGCAACAGCCUACCGACGACUCCUGUGGGCUGUGGCUGUGGGAGUGAGUGGGACUGGGUCACCCGUCACUGGGGGCUGGGCUGGGCAGACGCGGUCGUCGCUGACCGUGACGCAGACGGCGGCAUGUGCUGCCUGUGGCUGUGUGCGCACUGCAUGCUGCUGCGCACAGUACGUUGCAGAUACAACACUUUUGAUGGAAAUACGAAACGCCCACAGACGCGACAGAUUCGAACGUCACGCUAAAAAAAACGGUAGUGAACGAGCUAGCCAGUCCAUCACAUCAGUGAUCAGUCUCCGUCACGGUCACGGGAGAUGACGUGGAAAUCGGAGCUCACGAGUCAAGAUGCAUGCCAGUUUUUAGUUUCUCGUUUCGAACCAAAAGAAACAUUGCGCGCUUCUUGGCAAAAAAAAAAAAAAAAAA